UGGGAGCCGGGAAAAACGUAACACUAAACAUCACUGAGCUGUUACUUUGUAAAGUCGUGGAGAAAUCUGAACAAAUAAUAAGAUGGAUGAGGUGUCUGCUGACGCUCUCACCCUGGAUCUGCUGAGAGAAGCAUGGGAGACGGUGAGAUGCAGCCCCCUGGGUGUCAUCAACACUCCCAUGAUCCCCUGGUGCCAGACAACCCUGCCUCUCAACAUCCACUGCAACAUCCGCAUCAAACUGGAGAACAUGCAGAGAACUGGGUCGUUCAAGAUCAGAGGAGUGGCCAAUCAGUUUGCCAGGAGACCGAAGGGUGAUCAUUUUGUCACCAUGUCUGCUGGGAACUAUGGGAAGUCUUUUGCGUACGCUUCAAAGCACUAUGGGUCAAAAGGCAAGGUGGUGAUGCCGGAAACAGCCCCAGUGUCCAGAUCCAUCCUCAUACAGAGUUUCGGGGUGGAGGUGGAGCGAGUUCCCACCUCCUGCUUGAUGAAUGUGGUGAACUACUGUGUUCAGGAGGACAACAUGACCUUCCUGCACUCCUAUGAUGAUCUGGAUCUGAUAGCAGGACAUGCCAGUCUAGGUAUGGAGGUGCUGGAGGUGAUGCCCGAGCCUGAUGUGGUGGUGGUGUGCUGUGGUGGAGGGGGGCUGCUGGCCGGUGUAGCCGCCGCCAUCAAACUGUCAGGCUGCGAUAAGACCAGAAUCUACGGUGUGGAACCAGAAGGAGCCUGCACCAUGUACAAAAGUUUCAUUGAGCAGAAGCCAGUGGGCAUGGACACUAAGAGCAUCGCUUCAGGACUUGCACCACCUUUUGCAGGCACACUGCCUUUCGAGUUGUGUCAGCGUUACGUGGAGGGGAUCAUCCUCAUAAACGACGAAGAGAUCAAGGCGGCAGUGUCCACCCUCUACAGGUCUGGACUCGUGGUGGAGCCGUCAGGUUCUGCUGCGUUCGCUGCCAUCGUUAACAACAAGAUACCCGAGCUGGAGGGAAAGAACGUGGUGUGCAUCAUCAGCGGAGGGAACAUCGGAAAAGACGAGCUCACCAACUUCCCAGAUUGACAAAUAUACACCUCUAUGAUAUGACCACUCAGUGUAACAUGUUCUGAAAAUGAAAAACUAUUCAGGUCUUUUGAUUUUUUUAAUAAACAAAACUAUGUCAGUGCCAUUUUGCUGUAAAUAUAAUCAGUCUAACUAUGAAUCAAAAUGUGAUUUUUUUUUUUUUUCAGUUUUUCAACAAUCAAACUCUUGAUAAGCAUUUUAAGUUGAAUAAUCCUAAGCUGAUCGAUACACAUUUCAUUUUAGAAGUUGCUGCAG